UAAGUUUUUUAGGUGUUAUUAUUUAUCUUGACAAAAACCGUGGCUGUCCUCCACAGGAUGGCCCUAGAAUCACAGCAGUGCCGAUCAGAGUCGCCCUCAUAAUUAAACAGGUGAGUCGUAUUCAGUAGAUAAAAGGCGAAAAUUGCGGUUGAGAAGCAAGUUUCACUUUUCUGCGCCUUCAGUUCGACAGCAAAACCUACGUCGGUCAGCAGCAGGUCCGACUUGCUGGAAUUGCAGAGAUGUUCGGGUUUGUGCUGUUCUGGUUUCCUCCGAUAUCGGACAUCAUGAGGUUCGAAGUGAGUCUCUUGGAAAGUCUGCUACAAGGGGUAGUGGGCACCUCUGGGAUCUUGGUGCUAUGCAACCUGCUAAGGGUUCAUUUCUUCAUCAAGGCUGUGAGGAAGGAUGAUGGAAGGAGCCAGAAAGAGCCAUGUAGGCCGCUGGCUGGGCCCAAGCCUGGGCUGGGUAGAACGUUAUACCUCUGCUGCCUGAUCAGCAUCCUGACCGUGGUGGGACCACGUGUCGCCUCUCUGGUGGUUCUGGAGUUCUCUCUGCGCGCAGUGGCGGCCUGGGUCACCGUGGGAUCGAAGUCCCCUCCCAGUGCCGCCCUCAAGUUUAUCGUCACCUGCCAGUUCUCCCUGGGCUGUGCCCUGAGCUGCAGUCUCCACUUCCUCCAGGAGGGGGCACCCCAGCGCUUGCUAAGUUUGCUCCUAGCGGCAGGGCUGAGCUGGUUCCUAGCGAGGCAGAGCAGCCACCUAUGGCAGCACGUGAUGGCGCUGUAUCCCCUACACAGCUCCCAGCGUUACUGCGGCAUCUGCCUCAGCCUCGUGGCCUCUAGUCGUGCCCUUCUGCCCUUCCUGAACCAUAGCCUCAUGGUGACCUUCUGCGUGGCUGCUGUCGCUGCCAUAUCGAUCAUCAACCACCACUUCCUGUCAGCAGCAGAAGCGCUGAGGUUUUGGACGCCGCUUACGAUCUGCUACAUGCUGCUGGUGGUCCACACACAAGAGGAGCAACAUCGCCGCCCCGGUGGAGAGGUUGUGCAUCAGACAGUGAUGGUGCGCCUGGGGGGUCUGCUACUGCUGAUGCUGAUGGUGGGCUGGUGGACAGACGUGCUGCACAUGUUCAUUUGCUUCCUGGGGGAGGCGUGCUGUUUAAUCCCCUCGCGGGACCUGCAGGAUGCGGUGUCCCAGGAGAUGGCCGAGGAGGCAUCCAGCUGCCUGCAGCUAAAUCGGAGCGCAAACCCCCACUCGCAGAUGCAGCCAGAAUCUGACUCGGUCCCCUCUAAAGACACGGACUUUUAGAUGUCGCUCAGAGGUCCUUUGCGGUGGUGAAACAAAGAGACCAGCAUUGUACACUGAAUUCAUUUUGUGCAGAAACACCAUCACAGAGAUAAGUACAUGAAUCACAGAAAUGUUGGGCCGGAUGGGAGGGGGCAGACGAGCAGGGGAGCCAGACAGGGCACAAGGGAGGCAACAAGAAGGGGCGGCAGGGCAGGUAAAACUAAGGUGUGUUUCAUAGUGACAGGGUGUGUUUCUGAACUUUGGCUUCCAAAUAUUGUUGAGUCACCACCCAUAGGCUGAUGUCAUAUGCUAGGCGUGAGUUACAGGUGUGAUUUUUUUGUCUGAGUUUAAACCUGGAACCUCACCAUCACUCUGGAUUCCCCAGACCAAGCAGCGGUGGCAGAAUUUGUCAUUCCCAGUCUGCAAGAGCUGUGGACCGUACUGGUUUCCUUGAUGCCUCGGGUCUUUGCUGAGAAAGUCACUCUCUGAUUACUGAGAGCGCAGUCAGUGUCCAGCCUUGGCAAGGUCACACAUGUUACUCAUUCCAGUGAAAGUGCAGCCCUUGUACUCGCCGUUUUCAGUCUCCGGUUACUGUCACCGAUCGAUUUGUGUGUCGCUGAGGAAAUGGGGCUUGUUGGUGACGUCAGGGGCCCGAUCGGUUCCUGUCAGGGGCCCGAUUGGUUCCUGCUCUACUGCCUGUUCCUCAGCUGUUUUUUUUUUACAGAUAAUAAAAGCAUCAAGAAAUUGUG